CAAAUAAAAACCAUAAAAAAGUUAAGAAUAAUAAAAUACUUCAGAAAAUCUAUAAGAAUAAAAAAAGAAAGAAAGUUAAAAUAAAUAAUAAUAAUCUUAAUAAAAACGCUUUUAAUUCAAUUUUAAAGAGGAAUCUUAAAAUAAACCUUAAAGUCAAAAAUAAUUUGAAACUUAAAAAUAUUAAAAAAAUAAAGACUUUGUUUAAUAAUAAUCAUAAUAUUCUUAAAAAUAUUAAAAACCUUCAUAUUAAUCUCAAAAUUAAUAACAAUAACUCUCUUAAUAAUAAUAAAAUCCAUAAUAAUACUAAUAAUACCAAAACAAAUCCUAAUAAUAAAGAAAAUACGAUGACCGAUCUUCUUAAGAUGUUCAAGAAGGUUUUUUUCUGAAAGAAUUUUACAAAGAACAUAAAGAAUCACCAUAAGAAAGCCAAACCAAAGGUAUAAACAGUCAUUAAGUAAUCGAUUAAAGGAUAUAAAGGGCUUAAUAAUAUUCUAACCCUAAUGAAUAUACACUUAAAAUACUAAUUGAGAGUUAUGCUUUAAAGCAUGAAUAUGAUAAAGCUUUGGAAAGCUACAAUUUAUACAAAACGAAGAAAUUUAAAUCUAAUGAAAGUUUGAAAAACACAAUUUUCGAGUCAUUAUGUAAAACUGACGAAAAAAUGGAAAAAAUCAAUGAAUUUUUUAUACAGGAAUUUUCCUUAAAAAAACAACAAAAAUUACUCUAUAAAUCAAAUAUUAUAAAUUAUUUCAAAAAAUUAAAAUAAUUCCCUUUAUAAGAAUAAAUAAAAAACCUUAAAUUCUUUGUUUCUUAAUUCGAAAAACACUCUUUUUUCUAGAUUGACCUUACUUUUAUGUAUGAACUAUUCUAAUUGGCUAAUAUUAGCUAAUUUAAUGCUUUAUCUGAUAUACUAGCUGAUUUAAUGGCUUUGAGUAGUCCAUCUGAAAAUUAUUAAUUAACAAUUUCAUAAAAACUAAAUAAAGAAAGCCUAAAUCAUCUCAAAUAAAUGUAAUUUGAAGCCCUAAACUGUAAAGGAAUUCUCAAUUAAUUAUUAAACAAUGGCUUCUAUGAUAGCUUUUCGAAAUUAAUUUACGCCAUGAAUAAUUUAGGUCUAUUUGAGUAAUAAGAACAUGCACAAAAACUAGUUUCUUUUGAAGACCUAAUUACUUUUUCUUUAAAAUCUUAGCAACCAGUAUUCUUUUGGGUGGACAUAAUUGGAAAAAUAAUUGAUUUUAACAAAAAAACUGACUACCUCUAAUAUCAAUUAACUAAAAAUAUCAUCUAAGACCCAUAAAUAAUACAAAAAUCGUUCCAAAAAAAUGAUUUAGAUGAAUUUUUUACUAAUCUACAUUUAAUAG